AAAAGUAUUGCACAAUCUCACGAGAUAAUAUGAGAUUCACUGAUUAUUGUUUACUUUGCCAAAAAAAAAAACGAACCUAAUCGAUUGUGAUUUUGUGGAUCUGAUUGGAAAAAUGAUCCAUUUCGCCUACAUCAGUCGAGCUCUCUCUUUGUUAACGCGAAACUGAAUUUAAAGAGUUGAUCUAUCAUUCCAGGACUCGAACCCGGUUCGGUGCUGACCCGGAGCAGCGAAGACUAUCAAGAGAAACCAAAUAUAUCGGGACAGCUUUAAGAUACAUGAGUUUCGAAUCGAAUUGAAUCAUUUUAGAGGUGGACGCGUUUGUUGUGAGGAUCCUACGUGGUUUCACAUGUCUUCAAUCUGUUAGAAAAUAGGUAUUGUAGAAGUCCAGCGGAGACAGGCGGGUUCGGGAGAUCAAGCCCCACAUUAAGGCCUCUGAGGUCUCGCGUACUCGGCCUACAAUAGGACGUGGAGCUGGCGCCCCAUAUCGACACAGCAGGCACCGAGCGCAGGCGAGGGUCGGGGAUUCGGCUGAGGCCUAGCGCAGAGAUGUCAGGCUGAGACGGGAAGGGCGAGACGGGAGACCACAGGAGGUGAACGGUCGAGGAAAAGAGAUCAAAUACAACAGCAGGAGGAAGAAAAGACACCGAUAGCACAGCCAUGAUGGAGGAAUUGCACAGCUUGGAUCCUCGCAGACAGGAGCUGCUGGAGGCCCGUUUCACAGGAGUCGGUGUUGCCAAGGGUUCUGGACACAACGAGUCAUCUAACCAGAGCCUGUGCAGCGUGGGCUCCCUCAGUGACAAAGAGCUGGAGACCCCGGAGAAGAAAUCCAAUGACCAGAGAACACGUAAAAGGAAAGGAGACACUUUUGACAACCAAGGCAAAGGAGGAGGGAGGGGGCACAAAAUUAGUGAUUAUUUCGAGUUUGCAGGGGGUAGUGUUACUGGCACUAGUCCAGCACGUGGCAUUCCUCCAGUGGUGCGUUCCUCUCCUCAGCACUCUCUCUCCAACCCUCCUGCUGCUGUGCAGCAAGGAAGCCCCUCCUCCAUUAACUCAGCAAACACAGACCACUCCCACUCCUCCUGUUCCCACAAGCCAGUCUCUACACAGGCUCAGCACCGAGCCACACAGUCUGAGUUGACAAUGGAGAAGUUAGCAGCGCUGGAGAGCAGCAAAAGUUCAGAUCUGGAGAAGAAAGAGGGACGAAUUGAUGAUCUGCUCAGGGUGAACUGUGACCUGCGCAGACAGAUUGAUGAGCAGCAGAAGAUGCUGGAACGAUGUAAAGAACGCUUGAACAAAUGUGUGACCAUGAGCAAGAAACUUCUUAUCGAAAAGUCCAAGCAGGAGAAAAUUGCGUGCAGGGAAAAGAGCAUGCAGGACCGGCUGCGUCUGGGCCAUUUUACCACUGUGCGACACGGAGCAUCGUUUACUGAGCAGUGGACAGAUGGCUACGCCUUUCAGAACCUAGUCAAACAACAGGAGAAAGUGAAUGGUCAGAGAGAGGACAUUGAGAGGCAGAGAAAACUGCUGUUGAAGAAGAAACCACCCAACGCCAGUCAGACUCCUCCCCCUAACAUAGAACCCAACAAACGCAAGAGCAAGAGCAAUGGCGCCGAGAACGAGAUGUUAUCAUUAGCAGAAUACCACGAACAAGAAGAAAUCUUCAAACUGAGACUCGGACACCUAAAGAAGGAGGAAGCUGAGAUUCAGGUGGAGUUGGAACGGUUGGAGCGUGUGCGUAAUCUUCACAUCCGAGAGCUCAAGAGAAUUCACAAUGAAGAUAACUCCCAGUUUAAAGAUCAUCCCACGCUAAACGAUCGUUACCUACUCUUGCAUCUGCUGGGUAGAGGAGGCUUCAGUGAGGUCUACAAGGCCUUUGAUUUGACUGAGCAGAGGUAUGUGGCUGUGAAAAUUCAUCAGCUAAAUAAGAACUGGAGAGAUGAGAAGAAAGAGAACUAUCACAAGCACGCAUGUCGAGAAUAUAGGAUACAUAAGGAGCUGGACCAUCCCAGAAUAGUCAAACUUUAUGACUACUUCUCUCUGGAUACCGACUCAUUCUGCACUGUUCUGGAGUACUGUGAGGGGAACGAUCUGGAUUUCUACCUAAAGCAACACAAGCUGAUGUCAGAGAAAGAGGCCCGAUCUAUCAUUAUGCAGGUUGUCAACGCUCUCAAGUACCUAAAUGAGAUCCGCCCACCGAUCAUCCAUUAUGACCUCAAACCAGGUAACAUCCUGCUGGUGAAUGGCACUGCAUGCGGAGAGAUAAAAAUCACAGACUUCGGGCUGUCAAAGAUCAUGGACGAUGACAACUACGGGGUGGAUGGCAUGGAGCUGACAUCACAGGGGGCAGGGACAUACUGGUAUCUUCCCCCAGAAUGUUUUGUGGUUGGAAAGGAGCCACCCAAGAUCUCCAACAAAGUGGACGUUUGGUCUGUUGGAGUCAUCUUCUACCAGUGCCUCUAUGGAAAGAAGCCGUUUGGUCAUAAUCAGUCCCAGCAGGACAUUCUCCAGGAGAACACCAUUCUCAAAGCCACAGAAGUGCAGUUUCCACCCAAACCAGGAGUCUCGCCUGAGGCUAAGGCCUUCAUUCGCAGAUGUCUGGUGUACCGUAAGGAGGACCGUAUCGAUGUUCACCAGCUGGCCAGUGAUCCCUACCUCCUCCCACACAUACGCAAGUCAGUGGCAACCACUGGGAACAACAGCAUGGCCAUCGCCUCCACCUCCAGCUCCUCCAACAGCAGCGCCUCAAAUUGAGAACCCUGCCUAUCCUCGCUUGUUUUGAUUGAAGCAAGGGGAAUAGGGCAUUUGCACCGCCCCUCUGCAGUGCACUGGAAGGGGACUCCAACCCCUACCUGCCAGGAGGGAGGGAGCAGGAGGAAGGGGACAGAGAGGGAUGAAGACAAGACGCAUCCCCCUCCACCCUUCUUCCCCUCCCAUGCAUCUGGAGGCUUCUGUUUAGUUUUUUUUUAAGUUUUUUUUUUUAAUGGAUGGAUUGGGAGUGAACGCACCCCCUAGAGUGAGUCAGGAAGCAAAGUUUAAUAUAAGUGGGUGUAUUACCUGUGCGAGUAUAAUGGCCAGAAAUGCAACUGCUCGGAGAGGUGGAACAGACUGGUAUAUGCCCUGCACCCCACAACACCAAUACAUGCAUUCACACAUAUAGACACAUUUAUAACGAGGUCAGCUUUAUUUAAUUUUUUAAAGGCAGCCCCUAGAUGUUUUCAUUUGCUAGGACAAGCCCGCUCAGAUGCAUUCAAGUGUACGAUAUUCCUAAAGAAUCUGGAUACGCCCUGCUGACAACAAGUUCCAUCCCUGCCUCUUUCUCUCUUUUCCUUCUGCCUCCGGAAUGGAUCCAUGAACUUUUGGAAGCAAUACCGUCAGUGGGUGCAUUUCAACAAUACUUAACUCCAGUUUUAAUCUUUAUCAAAUCGAAAUGUCUUUCUGAAAUAUUUCAGAUUUAAAUUAUAAAUGCUGAGGCCGUAUCAGUAUCGCUGGACCUCUAGGUUAGCUAAUCUUAUGUGCUGGGAAUCUGAUAUUUGUACUGUAUGACAGAUGUAAAGGACAGGUUGUCUUUUUCUGUCUGGAGACAUUUGUUUUUGUGUCCUGUUCAUCAUCACCCCUCUUAUUCUUAUGACCAAAGCUGAGCUCCCGCCAGAAGGUGGUGCUGUUUGACUUGAGUGUUUUUUUUCUUUUCUUUUGUUGCUUUGUUCUUUAAGAAAGUGCAUUUUAAGGGAGCGUAUUGUUUUAGCGACACUAACCAAUGGCCUCAAUUGUUCUGUUUCUCAUUGUAUAAUUGGAGCGAAUCUAAUGUUCAAAAAUGGUGUUAAGUUAGAUUGGUUGGUCUUUCAUUAAUUAAAAGUGUUUUGUCUCACAUAGAAACACAAAGACUCCAAUGCAUUCAAAAAUAUACACACUCAUAUAUGUUUAGGUCUGGUGAAAUGGCUAAUUGCCUGGUCCUUUUUAACUUUUUGUGGGAAAGAACUCUCUAAAGGGGCAAAGCUAGUUCAGGGGUACAGGGCAGAACUGGGCGUGAGCAUUAAAUACUGUUGGUUAUAAACUUUUGUGUUGUCUGG